AUGUGGUUUUGGAGGUUCGGAAAAUCCUCCACGAAAGUCGAGCCCUCCCAUCUCGCCUCCCCUGAGCUCUGCAGUGUCCUGUUGGGUGGCUGUUCCCAUAUGAUGCUCCAGGCCUCCAGCUUCAUCAAGGUCAUCUCCCGCCUUCUCACAUCCGACUGUAGUUUUAGAAAGAGCCUGAAGAUGGCUGCAGUCAGAGCAGAAGAACAAAUGGAGGAUGUGGUGCAGAGCUGUCACUUGUGGAGUCAGCCGCCGCACAGACAGCCUCUGAAUGGCGACUAA